GACAAGUUGAGGCCGAGAGGUGAAGGAGUGAUCAGAGAGGAGAGCGAGGAGGAGAAGAAGAUCAGCGGAGGAGUGUUUCAGCAUCACAGACUGAUCUCAGAGCGCUGAGGACUGAUCUGAGGACCAGGUUCAUGAUCUAAAACACAGCAGCAACAGAGGAGGAGCGGAGGAGCAGAACCGCUGCAGGAGAUAAACAUAGACAGAGAGAGAGAGAGAGGGAAGAUCAGCAGGAGGAGGAUAAAGAUACAGAUAGAGGGAAGAGAGACGCCGGAGAAGAAGAUCUGAGGAGAUGAGGAAGAUCACGCUGUUGUUUAUCGUGCUGCUGGGGGUAGCACACCUCACCUCGCUCAGUCGCUGUGAGGAAGAUGAGGAUAAAGUGGGUCAUGAAGAGGAUGAUGGAGAUGAUGACGAUGAUGGAGAUGAUGACGAUGACGACGACGAUGACGGUACUGAAGUAAAAGAGGAAAAUGGAGUGCUUGUUCUAACUGAUGCCAACUUUGACACAUUCAUGGAAGGCAAAGACACUGUGCUGGUGGAGUUUUAUGCACCGUGGUGUGGCCACUGCAAGCAGUUUGCGCCCGAGUAUGAGAAAAUAGCUCAAGUGCUCAAGGAAAGUGAUCCACCGAUCCCUGUGGCGAAAGUGGAUGCCACUAAAGCUACCGCUCUGGGUAGUCGAUUUGAGGUGUCCGGAUAUCCCACCAUCAAAAUUUUGAAAAAGGGAGAGCCAGUGGAGUAUGAUGGAGAUAGAUCAGAAAAGGCAAUUGUUGAGCGAGUUAAAGAAGUUGCCCAGCCAGAUUGGAAACCUCCUCCAGAGGCAACCCUGGUGCUCACAAAGGACAACUUUGAUGAUGUGGUCAAUAAUGCUGAUAUCAUUUUGGUGGAGUUUUAUGCACCCUGGUGUGGUCAUUGUAAACGACUGGCUCCUGAGUAUGAGAAGGCUGCAAAGGAGCUCAGCAACCGCACUCCUCCUAUACUGCUGGCUAAAGUUGAUGCGACUGUAGAGAAUGAUCUUGCAUCUCGAUUUGAUGUGACUGGAUACCCAACACUCAAAAUGUUCAGAAAGGGAAAGGUCUUUGAUUAUAAUGGACCACGGGAAAAAACUGGUAUUGUUGAUUACAUGAGUGAACAAGCUGGUCCUCCAUCCAAGCAAGUCCAGGCACUGAAACAAAUUCAGGAACUGUUGAAAGAUGGAGAUGAUGCACUGAUUGUUGGAGUCUUCUCCUCUGAAGAGGAUGCUGUCUAUGAGAUCUAUCAGGAGGCCUGUAACACACUGAGAGAUGACUACAAAUUCCGUCACACUUUUAGCAGUGAAAUAGUCAAAUUCCUUAAGGCCUCCCCUGGACAGGUGGUCAUGCUCCAGCCUGAGAAGUUCAGAUCAAAACAUGAGCCCUCAUCAUACUCCUUCACAAUUAAAGAUUCCACAUCUGCUUCAGAACUUCAAGAUUUCUUCAAGAAACACACACUGCCAUUGGUUGGACAUAGGAAACAGAGCAAUGAUGCAAAGAGAUACACUAAGCGGCCACUGGUGGUUGUGUAUUAUGGAGUAGACUUUAGUUUUGACUACAGAGUUGCCACUCAGUUUUGGAGAAGCAAAGUACUAGAGGUGGCUAUGGACUUCCCUGAGUACACUUUUGCUAUUGCGGAUGAGGAGGACUAUGCUGAUGAGCUAAAGAGCCUUGGCCUUAGUGAGAGUGGGGAAGAGGUGAAUGUUGCCAUCCUUGGAGAAGGUGGAAAGAAGUAUGCAAUGGAACCAGAAGAAUUUGAUACAGAAGUACUUCGGGAAUUUGUUGUUGCCUUUAAGAAAGGCAAACUGAAGCCCAUUAUCAAGUCACAGCCUGUUCCAAAGAACAAGGGACCUGUGAAGGUGAUUGUUGGCAAAACGUUUGAUGAAAUAGUGCUGGAUAAAAAGAAGGACGUCCUCAUUGAGUUCUACGCACCGUGGUGUGGUCACUGUAAGAAAUUGGAGCCUGAUUACCUCGCUCUUGCAAAGAAAUAUAAGAAUGAGAAGAAUCUUGUGAUCGCCAAAAUGGACGCUACUGCCAACGAUGUGCCCCACGACAGCUAUAAAGUUGAGGGAUUCCCCACUAUAUACUUUGCUCCCAGCAACAACAAGCAGAAUCCCAUCAAAUUUGAAGGUGGUGAAAGGAAUGUUGAGGGCUUUAGCAAAUUCAUCGAGGAACAUGCAACAAAAUUAUUACAAACAAGAGAUGAACUCUAGAGGGUUUUUGGAGAAACCAUGAACUUUAACACAUUCCGAUGCAGGAAGUAUUCUGAUACGCAGACUGUGGCAGUCUGGAGUAAUUUUGUUGUAACCAGUGUUCCUGAAUGCAGAAUCCUUCUUUUUUUCAUUCCAAAGUUCGCACUGUUUAUUAGGUUUCUUUCAAAAUCUUUUUAAAUAAAAGUGUAAAUUGGAAAAA